AUGUUGACCAAAGAAGAACGAUUACUUCUAUUCAUCAUCAUCUUUUUAAAUUUUAUAAAUAAUGAAUGUCGAAUAAUUCAAUGUUAUUCUUGUUCAGAUUGUGCUACUUCAACAUUAUUAAAUAUAAGUAAAAUUCAGAUAUUGAAUGAUAUAGAUCAAUGCGUGAAAAUAACUAUAUUAACAAGAACUUUUAGUGGACAACGAAAACAAAUUGAUCGAGGUGUUUCACAACAUUAUAAAGAUUAUUUAAAUACACAAGUUUCAAUUUUGCUUUUUCAAUUUACAUCUGCAUCAAAUAUGAUCAAAUUAAAAUGUAUUCUUGGAUUUUAUCUUCUCAUAUUCAUAAACAAAUUUCAAGUCAGUCAAAGUCUUCUUCAAUGUUAUCUUUGUGCGGAUUGUGGUGAUCCAUUUGACAAAGAAUAUCCGUAUACAAGUGUAGUAACAAAUCAAAACUAUGGAGCAGCAUGUAUUAAAACAGUUUUAACUGUACCUAAUGGUAAAGUGGUUAGUCGAGGUACAACAUUUAGUUGUACACAAGCAUCAACAAGUGAUAUUAAAUCUCAACCUGGAAACGACGGCAUUGCUCAAGCACCAAGUACUCUAUUAGGAACCAUAUGUGAGCGAUUUGAAAAGAGAAAAUCGAUGUGGAUCAUAAUUUCUAUUGUUGCUAUUAUGUUGAUCAUAAUUAUUCCAACAUCUAUCGUAUUAACAAAAAAAACAAAAAUCAACAAAUCGACAACAACAAAAUCAUCAAUAACAGAAAUCAUUACAAUACCAAAAGAACCGACAACGUCAUCAGCAUCAACGACCACAACAACAACAAGAACAACAAAUACAACAGCAAAUUCAUCUCUUUCAUUCAAUCAACCGAAGUUUUCUGCAACACCUAUUUGGGAUUCUAAUGGAAUUACUAUUGCUAACCAAUCGAUUGUUGGUCGCGUUCCUAUGGCCAUUUUUGUGAGCAAAGAUAAUACAAUUUAUGUCGCUAAUGAAGAUAACAAGACAAUUGUAAUAUGGCAAGAAGAGAGUGACAAUCCAACAAAGAUCAUUCACGGUAAUUUUACAGAACCAUAUUCUCUCUUCGUAACAUCAAAUGGUGAUAUUUAUAUUAAUGAUGGUGAAAAGAAUGGUCGAGUGCAGAAAUGGAGUGCAGAAACAAGUACCUUUGUCACGGUGAUGAAUGUCAACUCAACAUGUUAUGGCUUGUUUAUCGAUAUCAAUAAUACUCUUUACUGUUCAAUGCGUGAUCAUCAUCAAGUAGUGAAAAGAUCAUUAAAUGAUGCUGUGAUGAAUUCAAACGGUAUUGCUGCUGGAACAGGUAGUCCAGGAUCAGACUCGAAUCAACUCGACUAUCCUUGGGGAAUCUUUGUUGAUGUAAAUUUGGAUUUAUAUGUGGCUGAUUCUACAAAUGAUCGAAUUCAGUUGUUCCAGUCGGAAGAAGCAAAUGGUAUCACAGUAGCUGGAAGUACAUCACGAUAUCCAACAAUUACACUUAAUCGUCCCAGUGGAAUUAUAUUAGAUGCUGAGAAAUAUUUAUUCAUUGUGGAUCGAGGCAAUAAUCGCAUUGUUGGUUCAGGUUUGAAUGGUUUUCGAUGUUUAGUUGGAUGUUAUGGACAGGGUUCACAAUCCAAUCAAAUGUCUGUUCCAUCCAGCUUGAGCUUCGAUGGUUUUGGAAACAUGUUUGUUGUUGAUGAUCGGAAUAUUCGAAUUCAAAAAUUUUUACUAAUGAAAGAUUCUUUUGGUAAGUUGAAAAAAAAGUUGAACAGAAUGAAGAGAUGUGAAUAGAUAAAUAACAGAAGUUAAUAAAGACAUUUAAAUAUAACAAACGAAAGACAACAAAAAUGCUUGAGAAAGAUUAAUUAGAUCAGUGUGUAAAAGAAUGUUUCUAAGGAAACGAAAUGUUCAGAUUCUUCAGAUUAGACAGGGCUAUACGUCAGUCGUCUAAGACAAACAAUCUUUGCCUUUUUGUUCAGACUAAAGAAUAGAGAAAGAAAAAUUUGUGUCCUUAAUAGAGUGGUAGAAAGGACUUUCAUGUUACAUUUUAUAUGUCUCAAAGAAUAUUUCAACAAUAAAACAGUUUUUAUCGAAAUAAAAUCUCUUCAUAUCUGUGUUGAUAUCGUUGUAUUAUAAAUUAUUCUAUGAUUUGACUUCAUAUUUCAUAUUUCGAUAUGUUUCAUUUAAGAAAAACAGGACAAAUAAAAUAUCACAAUUUUAACAACUAUUUUU